CUGGGCCAGCCCCUAGCAAUUCCAGUUCGAGCCAAUGAGCUACAGCCCCUCACAUUUGAGUGAAAGCUAGCGAGAGGCCUGUCCAGCGUUAUCCAAUAAGGUUGCAGUGUGGGCCCAACGCUCAGUGGACACAGCAGAGAGAGAAAGAGAGUGAGAGCAAUGACCUGGUGCACAUAUGACAUAGUAUGCAAUUUUCGGGACUACUUUUGUAUCCUGAGUGCUACUUUCAGAACUACUGGCUAAAAAGUAUACAAAAGUACCUGAGAAUCUCUUUAAGAUGGCUCCUCGAUACAUUUAGGGUUUAAAUGGAAUGUUUGUAAUUCAAAUAUGUUAUUUGAUCAGAUAAUAUUGUGGUGUAGCCAUUCCAUGUUUAAUAGGGCAGGUACAGGUAGCUAUACACAAACAUCAUGUAAUUAGUUAAUGGUCUUCCUGACAGACAAACAGCUGACAAACUCCUUAGAAAUAGGGAUUGGAAUGUCCUAAUUUGAGGCAAUGCCUCCAUCUAGUGGUAAUUUUCGAACACACUUCUGGUCAAUUGCCCAAUAAUGGGCUGGAAAGAUGGAUGGGAUAGCAAUAUGCUGCAUGUUUUAGACAAUAUGUGAGUGUAAACAUUUACUCACCUAUUACUUGAUCUCCAGAUGAUAUAUAUAUAUAUAUUUUUUUUUAAAUCAAAGACUAGGUCACAUACAGGAAAUGAGAAGGGUAUUGCUUUAGGUUAGUGACCUGAAGUCACUAGAGUAGCAUCGACUUGGUUAGAAGCAGAGGCUACUAAAUCAAAUCAAUGAGUAAUGUAAACUAACUAGUCUGGGACGGUUCAACAACAGCUUGAAAGAGACAGAAAUCAGUCAGCAGCUGAUUUCACUCAAAAAAUCUAGCAUGUGAUUUCUAUACAUACUCAACUCCAAUGGUCAAGUGGUGAGGUUUGCUGUCUUGAGGUUUGUUGUCUUUAGACUGUCAGUUCUUUAGCAGGUACCAGGGCCCUGUUGAUACGCUAUAAUGACUGACUAGAUGCAGACGAUACCAUUAUCUUAUCAUGAACUGGGUAUUAAUAUGAACCGAGUAUGAAUUGUAUGAACUUUUUUAGGCAAGAUUAUCUACAAAAUGCAAACCCAAUAUUAGGCUACACACUAAUAGGCAUUUUGAAAUGAAUUGCCCCGUAUAGAUAGGAUCUUUGACUUUGUGUUCUCUCACCACUGCUUUCAGGAAACGCUCACUUCCUUCUUUUGUAACCACAAGAUGUUUUCACAUUUUAGGGGCUGGUUGGAAAGCAGCCAAGUAUGGCUUAAAGAGGUGUCCCCACAGGCAGGGUGGGUUAAUGAGAAAACGAAAGGAAAUAACUGCUAUGAAGAGCUUAUUAACUUCAAACAAACACUUCGCCUAGCUGUAGCUACAGCAAGCUACAGUCAACAUUUGGACCGUGUCAAGUGGUUUAAUUUCAAUAAUUCAGAUAAGUAGCCUAAACAAGAUUCAGAAGAGGAAAAUAAACUGUGAAGACUUUUUCUGCCGCGCGCGACUUGGAUCUCCGUGCGCGUGUCAUCUUGCGCUGAUGCGAUGGAGUUUUCAGAGCACAUAAAGACCGCGAACGUUGAAGAUGUCGUUCUGAGACGGCCGUUUCAUCCACCGAUGCAAGGAACGUUAUGUGUCACUGGCCACCACCUGCUCUUCUCUAACAGAGAUGGAGACAGCUCGCGGCUGGUCUUGUUACUUCUCAGAAACAUCGAUGCCAUAGAGAAAAGUGUGGAAAACCUGUUGGGCUAUUCCAGUCUCUUCUCUAGUACAGGCCAGAGUCAAAGGUUUGACAUAAGUGUGACACCUUGCGUGCCUUCCGGGUCCUCUGGAACAAUCACCCUCAAGUGUAAGGACCUGUGUGUUCUGCAGCUGGACAUUCCAGGCAUGGAGGAGUGCCUGAACAUUGCCCGUUCCAUUGAGUAUCUCUCUUCUCUGGACAUUGUGUCCGAUAUGUAUCCAUUCUUCUACAGACCGCUUAAACUCAGUCUGCAGGACCAGUGGGGCCUCUCAUCGGCUGAACAGAACUACGCUCAAAUGGAGGAGCUACAGCACAGGUGGAGACUGAGUCAUGUGAACAAGGACUACUCUGUGUGUCCCUCCUACCCCCCUGCUGUUAUUGUCCCUCACUCCAUAGACGAUGAGACAUUGGUGAAGGUGGCCAAGUUCAGACAAGGGGGCCGCUUCCCUGUCCUCUGUUAUUACCACAGGAAAAAUGGCAUGGUCAUCAUGCGCAGCAGCCAACCCCUGACAGGAGCCAAUAGGAAGCGCUGCAGAGAGGAUGAGCUCCUCCUCCAGGCGGUGAUUAACGGCUCUGGGCUGGGUUACAUCAUUGACACCCGUUCCAACCAACAGGCUCAGCAGGCCAGGAUGACAGGGGGCGGGUUUGAAUCUAAAUCUAGCUACAGUUGCUGGAAGAGACUGCACCGUCAACUGGAAAGGGGGAAGGUGCUCCAGGAGAGUCUGAUAAAGUUGGUGGAGGCUUGUGGGGAUCACUCCCACAGUGUGGAUCGCUGGCUCAGCAAGCUGGAGAACUCCAAAUGGCUCUCUCACGUCCACACUGCCCUGGCCACAGCAGGCCUACUGGCAGAGUGUGUGGAGAGAGAUGGCCACUCUGUUCUAGUCCAUGGCUCAGAGGGCACAGAUACCACCCUUCUGGUGAGCUCUUUGGCCCAGCUCAUCCUGGACCCCAAGACACGCACACUGGCCGGCUUUCUGGGCCUCCUAGAGAGGGAGUGGCUACUGGCAGGUCACCCGUUCCAGCAGCGCUGUGCCCACUCAGCCUACUCCCACGCACGUCUGAGGCUGGAGGCUCCAGUGUUCGUGCUGCUGCUGGACUGUGUGUGGCAGCUGGCACGACAGUUCCCUCUGGCCAUGGGCUUCUCUGAGCCUCUGCUGCUGCGGCUGGCCAUGGAGGUCUACGCCUCAGACUAUGGCACAUUCCUCUGCAACAGUGACCAGGAGAGGUGUGCUGCAGGGGUGAAGGAGAGAACCCACUGUCUGUUCCAGUUCCUCCUGAAGCCCAGUGAGAGGGAGCGUUACUCUAACCCCCUGUAUGAGCCCACUGAGCUGGCCAUCUGGCCUUCCGUUCAGCCACAGUCCCUGCAGCUCUGGAGAGGUCUGUUCCUGCGUUGGACCCAACAUGCUGUGCACCUAGAGAAAGCUCAGGAGGAGUUGCGGAACCUUGUCAUUGAGUGCCGUGGGGCAAGUUGAAAACACUGAUAAAUUGGGGUCGAAAAAUACAGUGACACACUGGACUGAUGGAACACACAGUGACACUCAUCCUGGUUGAUUGACUGUUGAGGAAGAGAACAAAUAAAAACUUUUUUUGUGAGAAAACUAUGCUCCUAUGGACAUGAAUUAGAUAGGUAUUCAUCCAUCCCAAAGAAUAUCAAAUUGCAUUGCAUACUGUGAAAGUUCCUCACUGUUAAAUACUUUUCUCUCAUGGUGACAUGCAUAUAUUUUGUAUCUACCUUUUUUAUAGCGUUUUCACUCCAUAUUUCUUUUUUAUAAUAUAUUGUGUUUUUUUUUUUUUUACCUACAAACACUUUACAUUUUAGCAAUUUUUUAAAUAAUUUGAUACAUGUCAAGGUACUCAAUAUGCAAAUGUUUUAUUAAAAGGAGUUUAAUUUA